UCUUCCCUCGCUCCCUUCCCUCUGCAUCUCCCUCCGUCUGCAGAUGUGGACAACUCAAGCCUGAGGUUUAAACAUAAGGACAGUGACACAGCCGAGACGAGACAACUCAGCUCAGAGACGAGGACAAAGAGGAGGAAGAGAAGCGGAGGUGCUGCUGUUAGACGCUGGUGAUCAAACCGAUGGAGUCUUUCUCUGGAGAUACAGAAGAAAGCACCGAAGACAUUCCAGGACGUAAAAAGUCCAAACUAAAGUCUCUGAAAACUCGUCUCUUCGGGAGGAGUAAGAGAGGAGGUGAAGAAGGAGACGCCAAGCUCAGCCAGUCAGCCAGUGACAUUACUGCAGGAAAGGGACUUGGAUCUGAAGAGGAUUUGGCAUGCUCCCAGGGGAUGAUGGGAUCACGGGCAUUGUCCCAUGACAGCAUCUUUUUGGCUGAUCAGGACAUCCUGACAGAUGCUGAACCAGCCAGGGUCUUAUCCCAGGAGAACGUCCACAGCAAAAUCAAAGCUCUGCAGAUAAAGCUUCAGCAGCAGAAGAUGCAUCUGGGGCCGCCACCGAUGGUUCUACCAGUCAGACGUCCAGAGGAACGGGGAAGCCGCUCCGAGGAUGACAGUGUUCCCCACAGCCCGUCUGAGAUCUCAGGAGCCCUCAGCAAGACUUCAUCUCAGCCAUCCUCUCGUCCACUCUCACCCAUCCCCAAACCUGCACCAACCAAACCUCUGACUCCAUCCCUGCCUCUUUCUGUCUCCUCCAAUUCUUCUUCCUCUGCUGCUGUUGAGGCUCCGUUGGACUUUAGCUCUCCAGUCCAGUUCACCCCCUGCCUGGAUACCUCCGCUGCACGUCACCGGAUGUCUGUCAAGCCCAGAAACCAGAGAGCCAGCACCAAGAAGACGCCCACUGCAAAUGACUCCAAGUCUCACUUACAAACCCUAAACAACAUUAAUCCCCCUGAGUCUGUGAGAGAAGAAGAGCAGCAGCUUAAUACUCAAGAGGAGGUGAUAUUAGAAACAGAACAAUCCCCAGAGGUGGCAGCAAUCACAUCAGAGGUACCCAAGUCAUCCGGCCUAGAAGCUUCCCAACAGGACCAAAAUCUCCCUGGAAGAAUGCCCUCCGCAUCCACCCAGGUACUUAGAGUCAAGCCUCCCAGACCAGCGGAUGCAAUGCCCAGUGAACGGCCACAUUCCUCCUAUAUAUCUUCAGAAGUGAAGGACAAAAGAGAAGAUUUUGAGAUACAGGUGCUGUCCCAUGAUAAGAGAAACACUGUAAACAAGGCUGAAGUCUCCUCUGAACCGGUUCAGCGGCUACAAGGUGAGACAAAUAUGAUAAGAGGAAUAAAGAGACCAACAACAGGAGCUGGCUCCUUCCACUUCUCCAUCACCACGGCCAAAAACCGAGAUGCAGAAAGACCCCGAUCGGGCAGUUUUGUGGGAGUGCUGGGGCCGACUGAAGUCAAGCAGAGAACAGUAGGGGGGGCAGAGGAUAAACCCUUCACUGUGGGAAGACUUAGACAAGAGGGAGCUCUACACAAAAGCCCAGUCCUUCCAUGGGACAGGAAGGACAGCCUCAAGACGGAGACGGAGAGCAGCCAGGAGGUGGUGGAGGAGGCAGCGGAGGCUCAGGAGGUUGAGGAGGAUGAAGGCAAGACAGCGUUUGGUGUAAAACUGCGCUCCACAUCUCUGUCCGUUAGACUUCGGUCUGAAGCUUCUACAAAUUCAAAGCCACCAGUGAGUGAGGAGCAAUGUGACAACCUGAAGAAACAGGACAUAAGAGACAUCCGGCUGGCAGAUCCAACCCCACCGGGCCUCUCCCUUCCACUGAAGCAUAACCUGCCAUCUACUGGCAGUCCUCACAUCAUGGAGACAGAAACCACCUCCUCAAACCCUAAAGAAGUUGAAACUGCUGUUGCAGGGCCCCAGCAGCCCCAGCCUUCCCCCCAAACGGCCUCAUCAGAGGUGUCCUGGAUGAGCAUGGCGAUGGAAAAGACCAGAAGCCUCCAGCAGCUUUUUACUAGUAGAUUUCCCAGAGAUUUUACAGGCGCGCAGACAGCGGCUCGACCACAAGCACAAGUGGAGACACAGACUGUAAAAACACAACAAAGCACAACAACACAUGAGGCUGCCAAUCAGCCAUCGAAUGAUGCAGUCAAAGCAGAAACAGUGCAAAGUAGAAGUCAAGCACAGACUGUUAAACCAUCAGUAAUGGCGGUGCAACAGAAGACGUCUCUUUUACAGGCAAAUGCCUGCAAAGAACCACAAACAUUAAAACAAAGCAGUGAACUUCAGUCUGCAUCUCAUCCAGCUGUACAGACCAGCCCAUGGACAGCCCAGUACUCUGCACAAACAGACACUUCAUCUCAGUCUACACAAGGGAGUGCCACACAGUCUCUUGCACAAUCCUACCUUUCCUCAGGCCAGCAGCAACCCCCCUGGAGCAAUCGAGGUUUUCAACCCGCCACCCAGCUCAAAUCAACAACCUCAGUUUCUACCACCUCUUCGGCUUCAGCUCCUCCUACAGUGUCUGCCUUGGGAAGAGGGGAAAGAGAAGCCACCGUGCAGGAAAAAGAGGGUGCAUCACAGACAGGAAGACGGGCAGUUUGGGCCGGAUCAGUGAGCGGGAAGGCUGCUUUUUUGGAGAAACGGGCAGAGUGGACAGCUCCACCUGGAACCAAGGGGGUGGAAUUGAAGAAAGCUCAAACAGAGGUGCAGACAUCAGAUGAAUCUUCUGCCUCCAUCAAACCCACGCCUCUAAGCAGAGACAUAAAACCAGAGGGAAAACAAGGGGUUUCUCCUUCAGAAUCAAGUCCCACCAAAGUCCCAGACAGGCCUCGUGAGGAGAAAUGGCUGAGGAAAAACAUGGCGUCACCUUCAUCUCGCUCAUCGUCACCUACAAUGCCGUCAGCGCUGCAGUCCAUGUCUGACAGCGGCCAGCCAUCCUGGAUGGAACUUGCAAAACGGAAGUCAAUGGCCUGGAGUGAUAAGUCCAUGGACUGA